GCGAGAGAAGCCGAGGAUACGGCAGCGGAAAGGACACAAAGUGCAAUUUGAGCGAGAAUGGAGAAGCAAGCAUGGCACGCGCCGUCGCUCAACAUCUUCGACAUGGUGCUGCCGACCGGCGACAAGGUAGAGCUCCAGCGCGGCCAGGCCAUCGUCCCCAACGCGGACACGCCGCUCGAGUUUGAGAACGAGUUCUUCAAGGGCAAGGUGCUCUUCCUCCUCAAGACGCAGCCCGCGCCGCCCAAGUGGCAACAACUCUUUCUCGGUCGCCGCCGCCUCUUUUGGAUCCAACUCCAAGGCCAGUUCAAGCAGGAGCCGCGCGGCCUCGUGUACAUUGGUGGUGAAGUGUCCAACAAGCUCCGCCUCGGUCUCCUGGCGACCACCAUGUGUCGCGUCAUUCUCUCCGUCCUCAACUUGCUCGUCGCUGGCCUUCACUACGGCUUUGGCCGCAUGUACCCUACGGAUGUCCGUCAGCGCGGCGAUGAGGAGCUCGCUCACAUUAGCUUUCCGCUGCAUUCGUCUGUCGACGAGUUUGUGCGCACACCGGCGGGCCAGACGCCGCCGCCGCUGGGCCAAGACGGCUUUGGCGAGACGGAAGCCGAUCGAUCGGCGCGGAAAGCGGCGAAAGGACGGUACCAGUUCAACACGCGCGACACGUACACGUUCUCGUUCUUCAGCUUCUACAUUGAUUUCGAGCACUGGCAACUCGUCAACGUCCCCGGUGUCCCGGACGUUCCGCUCGAGAAAUUCUGGCAAGCGAUGCCGAUGCGCAUCGUAGCGUAUAGCAUUGCGUCCGCGACCGACAUGUCGACGAAGAAGCCGCACACACACAGCGAGAAGCAGUACUACAUGAAUAUGGAGCUCUCGCCGACGCGGCUCCGAAGCGUCUAACGCGCGCCCAUUAUAGCGCAGUUACCAACUACUAUUAACGCAAAUUAUUUCUUCUUCUCUGA